AUCUGCGCAUCAUCCGCGUAUUGAUGAACCGAACAGCUCGUCACUACAUUUGGCAUGUCUGCCGUAAAUAAGUUGAAUAAUAUAGGACCCAAAACACUUCCCUGUGGAACACCUUGCUUGACUAGGAUACCGCUAGAUAUAUUACCAUUAAUCUUUGUAUGUUGAGAUCUGUUCACAAGAUAUGACUGGAACCAAUGUACAACGUCUUCUUUACAUUCAUAACGGACUAGCUUGGCUAUUAGAAGCUGAAAAUAUAUGCUCGAAAGAUUUAUACAACUUGAAGAAGCUGUAAAGGCAACAACAGCGCUACUAAGUACCAAUCUGCCGAUUUUAGAGCAAAAAGAAUGGCAAAUUCUGAAAGAAUUGGUACAAAUUCUAAAACCGUUUGAGUCGGCCACAAAAAUAUUUAGUGGUGACACUUACGGAACUGCAGCAAUUGUUAUACCUGUCGUCAAUGGUUUAACUGAUAUCUGUGCAAAACUGCUACAAAAAGAUUUAUCUGAUUGUAUAAAAAAAGUAUUACAAAUAUUUCAAAGUGGUAUUAAGAAUCGUUUAGAAAAAGUCCAUGAAAACAGAAUUCUUUGUGGGGCCAGUUUCUGCGACCCUAGAUUUAAGUUACAUGCUUUUACAAAUCAAACAGCACAAGGGCUGGUUAAGGAACAAAUGAUAUCUGCUGUGACUGACAUGAUUGUUAAGGUAUCGAAUUCGAAUGAAGGUACACAAGAUCAAAAUAUUCGCAUAAAUUCCUCAGAAGAGGUGAAUGAUGAUGAACUUUCGGUGUGGUCCGCAUUUGACAAAAAUACAUCCGAUAAAGCUGUUCCUCAAGAAACUUCCUCAACAUCAACACGCGCUAUUAUUGAAAUCGAGAGAUUUCUCGAAUGCGGAUUAAUUCCUAGAAACGAGGAUCCGUUAAAAUGGUGGAGGAUCAAUGGAUAUCAAUAUCCUUACCUAAAACGUGUUGCCCAAGAAAAGCUCAGUGCUUUAUGCACUUCAGUACCAUGUGAACGGGUAUUUUCAAAAGCAGGCUUGGUUAUUACAGACAAAAGAAGUCGUUUAAGUACAACAAAAGCCAACAUGAUUUUAUUUUUGAAUGUUAAUGGAAUUCACUUGUAAGCCAAUAGUUGUUUCGUUGUCGUCCAAGACUCCCAAGAGUUUUAUUUUUAAGUUGCCAAAGAGUUUACUUUUGUUUUUUAACUUAUUAUAUUUUACAUAGUUUGUUCAAUACAUGUUUAUGUUUUUUUAAUGUUUUAUUUGUGUUCACUACCAAUAUACAAUAUAUAUUGUUUAAA